AUGUCCCUUUGCUAUAAGCAAGUACGAUCGGGAAUAAAGCGAUUGAAACAACACUUGCUUGGAAAUUCUGGAGACGUAGAGAAGUGUUCAAAAACUACCGAAGAAAUCCGGAAUGAGAUGCGGGAGUUCCUAAAGAAAAAGACAGUAGGAAAGCAGCCCAGUCGUAGUCGUGUUGAAUUAGAUGACGACGACGACGAUUUUGAUGUGAAUGUUCAAGGAGCAAGGCAAGGGGUAUCGCACAACUCAAUUUCUUAUCCUAGCUCGGGUACUUUGAGCAAGAGGAAGCGUUCGCAAUCUGUUCUAAAUUUUCCAUCGAUGCCGUCACAAGGUGGAAAAGAAAGCAAGUCGGUUGCUUCAUUGCUUAGAAAAACCCCGGAGGAAGUCAUUGAGGAAAGACAUAGCAAAACGGGUAGUGAAAGUCAAAGAACAUUAGAAGCGUCGGGGCAGAUGGGACUAGGUGUAAAAGGUCCAAGUUAUCAUGAAUUACGAGUUCCUCUUUUGGAGAAGGCGGUGAAAAUUGAAGAAAUUGAAAAAGAAUACGUGGUUCAGGUAGUAACGGACAAUGGUGUUAAUUUCGAGGCAACGGGUAAAAUAUUGGAGCAGCGCAUACCCACUUUAUAUUGGACUCAUUGUGCAACUCAUUGUCUUGAUCUUGUGUUGGAAGAUAUCGGGAAAUUGUUUGUUUUCCGGGCAAAGAUUGACAAUGCAAGAAGAGUUACUACUUAUAUCUAUAAGCACAGCUUAUAUAAGCAUAGGGAUGCUUUGAGGAGCUUAUUUUUUAGCGAAGACUGGACUGCAUCGAAAUUGGCUGAUACAAAUGCCGGAAGAUUAGUAGCAAACAAGGUAUUGUCUUCUCUUUUUUGGACUGGUGUGGAGGAUUGUAUAAAAGCAUCGCAUCCACUUCUAAUUGUUUUGAGGAUCGUUGACGGGGAUGAGAAGCCAGCGAUGCCGGAGUUUGCAGUAGCGAUGAAUGAAGCUAAAAGGAAAAUCAAAGAAGAUUUUGAGAAAAAGCCACAUUUGUUGAAAGAAGUGAGUGAUAAUGCAUAUGCUCGUAAGCCACGAGCUAUGUUUAAUGAUGUUCUUGAAAAAAUGGUCACUGAUGAUGAAUUGCAAACAAAGAUUUGUGAUCAAGUCGAUGAUUAUGAUAAUAUGCGGGGAAGCUUCGGAAAACAAUUGGCUAUUAAGCAACAAAAGGCAAAAAGUCAUCUUUAUUCGGGAGAGGAUCUUACAUGGAGUCAUGUUGAUGAAGCUAUGGGUGCAUCGGCUAAUCUUGAACGCCACAAUAUUCCUAGAAGGGGAAAUAUCGGAGAUACAUCGGGUUCAUCAAUACAAUUAUACUCUAGACGUCCUAAGAAAAUGUCAACUUCGGCAUUGAUGGAGCAAGAAUUAGAUGAUGAAGAUGUAUCAUUAGAUGAUGUCAUUGAUGAUGAUGAUUUUGAAGAUAUUCCUAGUGGUAGUGGUGGACUUGAGCUCUUUGAUUGUUGA